GCACUCAAUCUCUGCCAUAUUUCCAUUUCUUUUCGUACUCACCUACUUUACCCAUCUAUCUCGAUCUGAUCUCUAUAAAUUCAAGUCUUCCAUUUCACAGCUAUUCAUAAUCUUCACUCUAAUUUUUCUAGCUUUCUAGCCUUCUUUUACUCAUCACUUUUCUGAUCUCCCUAUCUAUGGCAACACCCUCAAUCGCUCAUGAAUCCUUCGCUUGGGAAUAUGAUGUGUUCUUGAGCUUCAGAGGUGAGGACACACGCAAAACUUUCACUGAUCAUCUUUAUUCUGCACUGCAUCAAGUCGGAAUUCGCACGUUUAGAGACGAGGAGGAGCUCACAAAGGGAGAAUAUCUUGCUCCUGAGCUCGUGAAAGCAAUCCAAAGUUCAAGAAUCGCUGUGAUAAUCCUCUCGAAAGAUUAUGCCUCGUCUAGGUGGUGCCUUGACGAAUUGGUGGAAAUUGUCGAGCUUAAGGAGAAGCGAAAACUUAGAGUUUUUCCUAUUUUUUACAACAUUGAUCCUUCAGAAGUGCGUAAGCAAAGCGGGAGCUAUGGCAUGGCCUUGUCAAAGCACAAAGAGCGUUUUUCGGGAAGUGAUAAAGUACAGAAGUGGAGAGAUGCACUCACUAAAGUUGCCAAUAUGAAAGGAUGGGAUUUGCAAGAUAUGACAAAUGGAUAUGAAUCCAAGUUCAUCAAUUCAAUAAUCAAGGAGAUCCAAUGGAUAAUAAGUCGCGUACCAAUAUUUGUUGGCAAACACGAAGUUGGACUUGAUUCUCGCAUUGAACAUGUGGUCCAGCUAUUGCAUGGCAAAUCAAAUGAUGGUGUUCAUAUGGUCGGGAUCUUUGGUAUGGGUGGUAUUGGGAAAACAACUCUUGCUAAAGCGGUCUAUAACAAACUUUUUGUACACUUUGAAAGCAGCUGUUUUCUUGAGAUAGAUUCAACAAUUUCAGGGCAACUAGAUAAUGGGAUAAAUAUUGAUAAAGUAGAUAAGACGAUCAAAAAAUUACAUAAACAGCUUUUUCAAAAGCUUUUGAAUGAGAAGAUCGACAUUGGCAGUAUAGAUGAAGAAAUCAUGUUGAUGAAAAGGCGACUUCAAACAAAAAAAUGUCUCAUAGUCCUUGAUAAUUUGGAGCAUAGGAAUCAAUUCAAUAAAUUAUUUGGAGGAAGAGAUUGGUUUGGUGGAGGAAGUAGACUUAUUUUAACCACAAGAGAUGCACAUGUUUUUAAAGAGUUGGAAGUGGAUGAAUGUUAUGAAGCUGAGGUAUUGGAUCCUAUGGAGUCUUUGCAGCUUUUUAGCCUACAUGCAUUUAGACAGCAAACAUUACCGAAAGAAGAUUAUGGUGAGGUUUUAGAUGGCAUAGUGGUAUAUUGUUGGGGACUUCCAUUAGCUCUUGAAGUUUUAGGGUCAUAUCUAUAUGAUAAAUCAAGGGAAGAAUGGAUUAGUGCCUUUGCGAAAUUGAAGAAAAUUCCUAAUAACAAUGUUCAAGCUAAACUUAAAAUCAGUUAUGAUGGGCUUCCAGAUGAUUGUAUCAAAUCUGCUUUUCUUGAUCUUGUUUGUUUCUCUAAUAGAGUUUACAAGGAGAAUAUUAGAAGCAUGUGUAAUUUCUCAAGCAUUGAAAUUCGAGACUUGAUCGACAAAUGUCUGAUAAUUAAAGGUAGGACUGAUUCUUGGAUUAGUAUGCAUGACUUAAUUCGAAAGAUGGGAAGAGAAAUUAUUCGUUUGGAGUCACCUAAUAAUCCAGGUGAACGUAGCCGACUCUGGUGCCCUAAGGACAUUCAUGAGGUGCUUAUAAAACAAAAGGGUACCAAAAAGAUUGAGGUGAUUAUAUUCAAUGACUCUCCCCUAAAAAAUGUGGUGUGCAAGUAUAGUACAGAAGCCUUUAAGGACAUGGAGAAUUUAAGAUUUCUUGAAAUCAGUGGAGAGUAUAUCCAUCUUAACGGAAAGUUCGAUCAUCUAUCCAAGGAGCUUAGAUGUUUGAAAUGGGAUUCUUGCCCUUUGAAAUAUAUUAAUAUUUCAUCUGGCUGUUCUUUUGAGAAGCUUGUAAAUUUGGAACUACAAAAUAGCAACAUCAAAGAAUUUCAAACCCCCUUAAAGUUUUUCCCGUGUCUCGAGGUUUUGGACCUUGAUGGCUCCUAUCUCAUUCGGACUCCGAACUUUAGUGGUGCUCAAAAUCUUCGUAAGCUAUCAUUUCGGCUCUGCCAUAAUUUGGUAAAGGUGCACUCUUUUAUCGGAGAGUUGAAGAAACUGGUUUAUUUAAGUUUUGGUGGGUGUGAAAAGCUAGAGAAACUUCCAAAUAACCUUCGCCAUUUGAAUUCACUACAAUAUCUUGAUGUGUCAUUUGCCUCAAAGCUAAAAGCAUUGCCAGAAAUUUUUUCAAAUUUAACCUCAAUACAAACACUGUGUCUAGUGAGAACCAAUACUUAUGGUGUGCUCUCCAACCUGUCUCGUUUGUCCAAGCUUGAAACCAUCUAUUUGAAUUUCUGCAAGAACAUAGAAGUACUUCCAAAACUCCAUCACACUGUUUCAAAUGUCCAUUUGGAUCAUUGCCACAGCUUAAAAAUGAUCCAAGAGCUUCCACUCAAUCUUAGGGAAUUUAGUUUAAAUGAUUGCAAUAAUGUUCAAAUACUUCCCCAACUUCCUUCCAAUCUUAGGGAAAUUUCCUUAAAAGGUUGCUACAAUCUUAAAAUGCUCCCACAAUUUCCUCCCAGUCUUGAGAUAAUUUCAUUACAUGGUUGUGAAUCUCUUCAAAUACUCCCACAGCUCCCUCCCAAUCUACAGGAUAUUAGCUUAAAUGGUUGCAAAAAUCUUGAAAUGCUUCCACAAUUUCCUCCCCAUCUUGUGAGGGUUUGGUUAGAAGGCUCCAAAAACCUCAAACUGAUCCCAGAGCUUCCUCAGCCACUUAGAUCUCUUACAGCUAAAAACUGUGAGUCCAUGGAAAAAAUACCAAACUUAUCCCACAAUACGGUGUUGAGCGUAUUGAAUCUCAGUGGUUGCAGAAAGUUGAAGGAAAUUCAAGGUUGGGAGAAUAAUCUUCAUAUAAUGAGCAGCAUGAUGUUAGGAGGCGUUCCACAUAUUGAUUUCUCAGAAAGCAUUAAGGAGGUUUUGUUAGGUUCACGUCUGGGUUACGUAGGUUUUGAAUGUAGUCUUACAUGUAACGAAAUUCCGAGUUGGAUUAGAUGUAAAGAGGAAGGAGCAUCAUUAUCUUUCCAAUUUCCUACUGAGUCUAAUACACUGGAAUUUGUUGGACUCCUUUUUUGGGUGGUUAUCAUAGCAUUCCCGGGACUUUCUUGUGAUUAUUUCGUCAGUAUUGAAACUAGUGCUUUCAAAAUGAACAGACUGUUAUCUUUUAGUGUCCAAUUAGAAAUGGAAGAAAUUUCAAUUCUACAUUUCAUUCCACGGUAUCAUCUUGAAGAUAUAAAAGCUGGAGAAGUCGUCAAAGUUACUCCUAUAACAAAAAUUAGGAUUGCUGGUUCGCCAACAUCAAUUGAAGCGUGUAUGAUGAAGAAAAUAGGAGCCGAAGCUUUAUACAUAGAUAAAUACGGCGUCCGACAAUUUGUACCUCUUAUCAAGUCAAGAUCCCAAUAAUUUUUUAUUUUUUUUUUCAAAUUUCUUUUGUAAUAACAUUCCACAUUUUGUACUUCUUUUUUGUUAAUAAUUUCGAGCAUUAUCUUUAGCAUUUA